GGAGAGUGAGUGGGAGUUUCUAAGUGGGAACAGAGCAUUUACUGUUUCAUAUUACACAGAAAAGAGGAGAAAGAGGAGAAGAGUUAAUGGUGGGUAAGGGCUCUGGCGGGUUGUGCAGCCAGGCUCUGUUUUCAAUGUAGCUGCUUGUGUGAGCGCUGUGCAGUCGUCUGGGUUUAUGGAUUCGCUGACUGUGGAAAAUGUACUUCUCUAUAGUGGUCCUUGUCCUGACUAAGGCUCUGGUCACAGAGGUAUGUCACGCCCUGAAUGUGACAGUGACCCCUGGGCCCGUCGUCAUGGUAACAGAGAGAGACAACUUGACUCUCUCCUGCCUGGUAUCUCAGAGGAAGAGGAGCGGCAGUGUCCUCAUCCUACGCUGGUUCUUCUCCCCCCUGGCUUCUCCCACUCUCGCGCCGCCUCCCCCCCCUCCAUCCCCCUCUGCCCCCGCACCCGAGCCCUCGCAGUAUCUCAUCGUGAAGCUGGGCAUAAAGAAAAUGAAGCUGUACGGGAACUUCACCCGUCGCUUCCCCCAGCCGAAGUUUCGUCUGUUCGAGGAGACAGAGGGCGAGAUGUACCGGCUGUGGGUUCUCAAUGUGUCAGGGAGGGACCAGGGUUUCUACAGCUGUAGAGUUCAGGAGAUCCGCAAGCACAGGAACACGUGGAGGGCCUCGUCCAACGGUACCAGCACCACACAGCUGACAGUGCACUUAACUCUUGAGGACGGCACCAGCGAAGGACUGUGGCGUUUAUUUGCAGAUGUGUAUCUGUGCGCUGUGCUGAUUUGCUCACUGGGCCUGCUGUCCAUCUUCCUCUUCACGCUGGUUCUCACUUGCCAGUACCUCCACAGACGACACAGGCUCAAAAGCAGUUACCUCCUGGUGAAGUGUCCCGAGAGCAGCUCAGGAGAGACCGUGACCAGCUCCAGCAGCUCCUCCAGUUCCUCCCCGAGAGCCCAAAGGAAAGACACAAGACAGAAAGCUGACGGAAGGGUAAUCGACACACCACCCAAACUGCCCGAGGAGCCUCCGCCACACAUACCAGCCAAAGUGCCUGUCGCUGCAAAGAGGCCUCAGAAGCCCAGACGGUUAAAGCACCACCCGAGGAGCUCUGCCACUCCUCGAGUAUCACAUGAGGACAGUCUGACGUACGCGGAGCUGGAGCUGGUCAGACCGAGGCCAGAGCCCCCGGCCUCCUCCGCUCCCGACCCUGCGCCCUCCAGCCCGGACACUGUGUACGCUCAGAUCCUCUUCCAGGAAAAACAGCUGUAAACACAGCAGCUCUGGACACCUGGAUGUCAUGGUACCCCCUGGGGAGGGCAGAGAUUCAGCUCUCCAGACUGUACUGAGUGGCAUCUAAAAGGACUAUAUUUAUGAACUAUCAGUAUGGCUUUAGCAUUUGUUUUUUUGGCUGCAAGUACGCUACAACUGUUGGUAAAUGAGGGUUUUUGUGUUUCCUCGGCGCGGUUCCAUUCCAGCACAGCAGUUUUUUGGGUCUUAUAAUUCUCUUGUUUUGUUUGUUGGCAUCGCUGGCCUGUGAGCCAGAUGUUUAUAAGAAUGCUCUUACUGUUAACUAUUGUGUAUAAACUCAGGAGACUGUGUGUGGAAAGAAACUGGGGUCCAGGCUCUCUAACUGCAGUGUCAUAAGGCAUUGUAACACAUUUCAACUGCAUUUAUGAUCACAGUACUAACACACCGAAUGAAUAAACAUAUGCCUGGGUCUGA